AUGAAUGCUAUCCAAAAAAUUCUUUCUAUGAACGAGAAAGAGCUAGCUCAGAAUGUUUCUGAUGCAGCUUCGUGGCAUGCUGACUAUAAAGACACCUCUUAUAUUUAUAUUGGCAACCUCCACCAAGAUUUGAAAGAUGAGGACAUAUUGAAGAUUUUCUCGCAAUAUGGCAAUCCCACUCAUUUGAAUAUGAUCAAGGAUAAGGAAACGGGGAAAUCGAGAGGCUUUUGUUAUCUCAAGUAUGAAGAUCAUCGCUCUUGUAUUCUAGCCAUAGAUAACCUCAAUGGAGUAAAGAUAUUCGAUCGGCCCAUGAAGAUUGACCACACAUACUAUAGACUUCUUGAGGGACAGAACGAAGAUGACUUCCUAGUAAAAUAUCCAGAACCUUCAAAAGAGGAUGUGAAACGCACUGUUGAACACAAAAAGCCAAAGCUCCUACCGUAUGUUCCCGAAACCAGGGAUGAUGAUUUAUCAGACCCCAUGCUUUCUACACAGAAUAUAGAAGAUAACGACUUUGCUGACCCCAUGGCGGGUUUUUUGGCGGAAUCGAAAACAACGGAUGAAUCUAAAGAUAGACAUAGGACUCACAGAAAUAGGACACGGCAUAGAGAUACAGAACUGGAGAGGGACAAGAGGCGCAAAUUAACCACUUCUAAAAAAAGUAGCUAG